AUGGCUAGAGAACCUAAAUUAACAAACACUGCUCCAGAAUACUGGCGACCAGCAAAAUCGCAAAAUCCAUUACUGCAAACUUUGGGUAUUCCACAUGUGGAUUCUUUCAAUUACUUGCUGGAUGAAGGUCUUAAUAAAGCUGUGAAUGAAAUUUAUCCAGUUCAAUUCACUCUUGGCAGUGGAGACAAAAUAAAGCUGUGGAUUGAAAGCGCUCAGCUUAGAGAUCCAAGAGUACCGGACGGCACAAUCGGUGUCAAAAGUCGCAAAAUAUAUCCUACAGAAUGUCGUCAAAGAGGCAGCACUUACAAAGGAUUAGCGACUGUGAAAGUGGGAUGGUCUGUAAAUGGAAAAAUACAUCCAUCUGUGGACAAAGAUUUGGGAGAAGUUCCCAUUAUGGUCAAGUCCAGUAAGUGCCAUUUAAAUGGGUUAAAUCCUACACAAUUGGUAGCCCAUAAGGAACACGAAGACGAAUGGGGUGGUUAUUUUAUAAUAAAGGGUCACGAAAAACUGAUAAGAAUGCUGUUAAUGACCAGGAGAAAUUAUCCCGUUGCAGUGAGAAGAUCCGGUUGGAAGCAACGUGGAAGUAUGUACACAGAUCUUGGUCUCACCAUAAGAUGUGUGCGAGAAGAUUGUACUUCGGUGACUAACACGCUACAUUAUGCCACUGAUGGAUCAGUAACUCUGCACUUCUCUCAUCGAAAAAAUAUGCAAUUUAUACCCCUGCUCUUAAUUUUAAAAACUUUGAUAGACGUACCAGAUAUUUAUAUAUAUAACGCUUUGACUGCCGGCUUUGAAGAUGAUAAACAAUAUCACGGCUACAUUGCAAAUAUGAUGCGAACAGUCAAAGAAGAAGGUCUGAUUACUCACGAUCAGUGUAAAUCUUACAUAGGAAAGAUAUGCAGAGUCAGAUUUUAUGAAGUACCUGCCGACGCUAAAGAUUCCGAAGUCUGCGACUUUAUUAUCAAGUAUUGUAUAGCAAUUCAUCUUGACGAUCCAACUGAUAAAUUUCAGUUGCUCGUCUUCAUGACGAAAAAACUUUUCUCAGCUUCUAAGGAAAAUUGUAUAGUCGAAGGUGUUGACGCCGUUAUGAUGCAAGAAUGUUUGGUCGGUGGUCAUUUGUACCUGCAGGUUCUUAAAGAGAAAAUUGCCAGUUGGCUGAAUAACGUGAGAUUGGUGAUUAUGAAGAAGGCGAGAUCGAUUGCUAAUUAUACACUAAAGCCCCAGGAUGUUUUGAACGCUUUGAAGAAUGCUGGAACCCUUGAAAGUGCGAUGCAAAAUUUCUUGGCGACUGGAAACAUUAGAAGUGAUACAGGUUUAGGUUUAAUGCAAAGCACGGGUUUUGCGAUAGUCGCUGAAAAUAUUAACAGAAUGCGUUAUAUGAGUCACUUUAGAUCGAUUCAUAGAGGUACAUUCUUCACGGAAAUGAGGACAACUGAACAUCGAAAACUGCUUCCUGAUGCUUGGGGUUUCAUUUGCCCCGUUAACACACCCGAUGGUACACCUUGUGGUCUUCUCAAUCACUUGACAAUGAACUGCAUCGUAACGAAAUAUCCCGAUCCAAAAUUAAAGGAAGCAAUACCUCUGGUCUUGCUGGAUUUAGGAAUGUUACCUUUGUCAAUCGCGGAUGAUUGGAAGGGAUCACACACUGUGAUGUUAGACGGAAAAGUAAUCGGCUUGAUUGAAGACAAAAUCGUCUCUAGAGUCGUUGACAAACUACGAGUUCUGAAAAUAAAUAGCAAAAUUCCUCCUACGACGGAAAUUGUACUGGUUCCAAAGAAAAAGGUCCGAGCACAAUACCCGGGUUUGUUUUUGUUCACUGGACCCGCGAGAAUGAUGAGGCCUGUUCACAAUUUGGCGGUGCAGAAAACUGAACUGAUUGGAACAUUUGAACAAGUUUACUUAGACAUUUGUAUUAAACCGGAAGAAGCUUACGAGGGGUUAACAACUUAUCAGGAAUUAUCAAAGACUGCCUUUCUCAGUAAUCUGGCUUGUCUGAUUCCUAUGCCAGACAAUAACCAGAGUCCUAGGAAUAUGUACCAGUGUCAGAUGGGUAAACAAACAAUGGGAACUCCGUGUCUCAAUUGGCUUCAGCAAUCUGAGACAAAAUUAUACAGAUUGCAAACUCCAGCGACUCCCUUAUUCAGACCAACUCACCACGAUGACAUCGGAUUGGAUCACUUUGCCAUGGGCACCAACGCUAUAGUAGCCGUUAUUUCAUACACGGGAUACGACAUGGAAGAUGCUAUGAUAAUAAAUAAAGCAUCUUAUGACAGGGGACUCGCCUAUGGUAUGAUCUAUCAUUCUGAAUUCGUCGACUUGAAGGAGCCGAAGGAUUACUUUGCUCUGGAUCCCAAAAAUACAGAUUAUGAGGGCUUUUUACAAGCGGACGGUAUGCCGAUUCCUGGCACUAAGCUUAAAAAGAAGGACCCAUUUUAUUCUUACUGGGAUUCAGAUCGCUGCGAAUUCUCAGUAAAAAAAUACAUGGGCACGGAAGAGGUUUACGUAGAUAAUGUGAAACUAUGCGGUUCUUUCCAGAAUGGUGCUCCUAGAAGGGCUUGUAUUACUUAUCGAAUUCCGCGUAAUCCGGCUAUUGGAGACAAAUUCGCUUCCAGGGCAGGACAGAAAGGUAUCUGUUCUCAAAUGUGGCCUCAAGAAGAUUUGCCUGUUUCGGAAACGGGAUUGGUACCGGAUAUUAUUUUCAAUCCUCACGGAUUUCCGAGUCGUAUGACAAUUGCUAUGAUGAUCGAGGUAAUGGCUGGAAAAUCCGCAGCAAUUCACGGACUUGUACACGAUGCAACGCCAUUUAGAUAUUCAGAAGAUGACACUGCCAUCGACUAUUUUGGACAAUUGUUGAUAGCUGGUGGUUAUAAUUACUACGGGACGGAAAAAAUGUACAGCGGAAUCACUGGAACGGAAUUGGAAGCGAGUAUCUUUAUGGGAAUUGUUCAUUAUCAAAGGCUUCGUCAUAUGGUCUCAGACAAGUGGCAGGUGAGAAGCACCGGACCUAUAGAUGCUUUGACUAGGCAACCAAUUAAAGGACGAAGAAGAGGUGGAGGCAUCAGAUUUGGAGAAAUGGAACGCGAUUCUUUGAUUUCGCACGCGUGUUCUUUCCUUCUACAAGAUCGCUUGUUUCACUGCUCAGACGAAACCACGAUGCUGGUUUGUAAAAAAUGUGGCACUCUGCUUGGGCCAGGAAUGGAGGUGGCUCAAAGUAAAGCAGGCUUUGAUGAGAGGAGAAUCAGAUGUAAAUUAUGUGACGACGAAAGUUCAUCCAAGGAAGUCGAUAUACCCUACAUUUUCCGCUACCUAGUCUACGAACUAGCUUCCUGUAAUAUAAAUGUAAAACUCGAAAUCAGUGAAAAGUGAGUGUAGUUUCUUCGUACGCUCAAUAAAGUAGGUAUAUUUUAAUACAUUUCUAUUAUAAAGAAACUUGAAAUCUAUGUUUCCAUUAGGAAAUUAAAAAUAAACUAAGAAAGGAA